AUGGCGAACGCGAGAAUUAGGCAUCGGCAAGACUCCUUUCGACGACGAACACCUCCUGGCCAUCGAUGGGGUCGGGACACGGCGGGGCCUCCCUUGAAGCUCGACUCCAACGACCUCUGGCCUUUCGCCAUCAAGCGCAUAUCGACCCUUCCUUCUUACGAGGACCGAUCCUCGAUGAUGCGCAUUCAUCCCGUCUUCCAUCUCUCGCUUCCAUGUCUCGUUUCUCGAACCUCAUCGGCCUCACCGCCUCAAUGCUCCGCCUUGGCGCCGGCAAGGCGCCCGGUCGUGCGAAUCCUGCGGAGGGUCGGCAGGAGGCACGGGGGCGCGACGAAGGUUGGCGUAAAGGGCACGAGACUCCUGAUAACGAAGGAUCUGAUCCUGCACGAGUUGCUGCGCAUCCCCAAGACGAUCACAACGUUAUCGAACAUCGGGAACAGCGGUCUGCUCGAGGGUCUCAUCAGCCCCGGCCGGGAAAUCAGCGCGAGUGGAUCGCAGUCGAAAGGGAGACUCGACCACCGAGCACCGAGCAGCUGGCGAAGCUAA